AUGCGUUUCUCAGCAAAUAUUGUAGCCCUUGUGCUAGCAUUCAGUGGCAAUACCAUUCUUGCUUCCCCCGUGGCAAGACGAGCCUGUACAGUCAAGACUCAACGCAAGGCUUGGGAAGACCUGACUGACGCUGAAAAGAAGGCAUAUCUUGACGCGGAUUUAUGCUUGAUGAAUACGCCGCCUAUUACUGAUAUUCCCGGUGUCAAGAACGUCUGGGAUGAGUUGCAGUGGACUCAUGCUGCACAAGCAGGCUAUAUUCACUUUGUCGGAACAUUCCUCCCCUUUCAUCGGUAUUAUGUCCGUGCUCACCAGACUCUUAUACGGGAUCUAUGUGGAUAUAAUGGACCGCUGCCCUACUGGCACGAGCCAGGAGACGUAGGUGCACUCGGCAAAGCUGCGAUUCUCGAUCCCAAGACAGGUUUUGGUAGUGGCGGAAACGGCACUGCCCGCUGCCUCAUUGACGGGCCCUUCGCGAAUGUAACGUUACGUAUUGGUAGGAACCUUAAGGCAGGUCAGGAAUACUGUGUCUACCGUGCAAUAAACGGCGUGUUUUUCAACAAUGCCGCGCAGAAAAAUGUGGACAAGUGCCUAGCUAUGGCUACUUUUAACGAUGCCUGGCGCUGCAUCGAAGCUGCUCCCCACUCCGCUGGCCACGGCGGCAUCAACGGCCUCAUGAUCGACGUCGCUCUGUCUCCCGGUGAUCCUAUCUUUUGGCUUCACCAUGGAUGGAUCGAUAAGCUAUGGUGGGACUGGGAAUCUCGGAAACUUCCAGCCCGUUUGACAGAAGGUGCGUAUUUCAAUCACUCGAUUGGCGGAAACAAUACUAUCCGUGGAAUAAACGACCCGGCUUGGGUAAACUAUUUCGGCGACAACGGGACUGUCGUCACUCUAAAUCAUGUCCUAACAUCUCACGGUCUAGUUCCCAACGCCACAGUUGCAGACGUAAUGGACAUCGGAGGAGACUAUGUCUGCGCCGAAUUUGUAUAA